CGGUAUAGCCCAACCACUACCUCUAAAUCCUGGCUCCCCCACUGACUCCCUGUUCUCCUCCUGGAACGGAACCCUAGUCCGUACAUUACCACGGCGGAGCUCACCAAGCUCAUGCGAUGGAAGCUCGCCCGAGGAAAAUGGAGGCCGAGGCUUUUGGAUUUUGUCUCCUCAUUAGAUGACGCCGUAGUCAAAUCGGCAUCACAAGCGGCAUUUCUGUCUCUUCCUGAUGUCUCUAAAGCCGUUCUCGAGCUUACUGUUUUGAAAGGUGUGGGUCCGGCCACGGCUUCCGCCCUUCUGGCUGCUUAUGUCCCUGAUGUUACCCGGUUCAUGUCUGAUGAAGCGAUGGAGGCUGUGAUAGGCAACUCUAAAGAUUACUCUUUGAAGCAGUAUUUAGUUUUUGUUGACAAGCUACAAUGUAAGGCCAAGCGUUUUGAUCUGAACAAAAGGUGUUUGUUCUCAUCGGAUCCGCCAUCUUUUCCGGCAAAACAAAGAAGUUAAACAUAGAUCCACCAUGCUUCACUUCCGAUUAUGCAAGAUUUGAGGAUGAAGCUAAGAACAUGCAUACAAAGAUGAAGCUAAACAAUUUACAAAUCCAAGUAAAUAAGAAGGCUAUGCAACUGUUCAAGAUCAUGAUGCAUACAAAAAUGGAGUGGAUGCAUUAAUAACCUGAAGACUUAGAAAACACUGAUGUUUAAUUUAGUGAAGUGAAAAGUAUUACAUGUAUUCUCAAAAUUUUGUGAUAGAUUUUUAUUGUACUUGUUAGUUCCAAGAGUUGGGAGAUUUAUUUUGUUAAUGUUGGAAAUAAUUUUUUACAGUAUGU